AUGACCACACCUACUAAUGAUCAGGCUCUCAAGACCCCGACGGGGUCGAACGGCCCUCCACCACUGCGCAUUCGCCGGCCAAAAGUGGCUGAUCCUCUAGUGCGACCCAAGAGGAGACCGGCAAUGAGACCCCCAGCUCCAACGUCGGCAGCAAAUGGCGCAUCAAGAAUGCCCAACUCCAGACCAGUCACUUCGGGCCAGCUACCAGGGGCUCGCGCUGAGAAAAGCUUGACCCCAAAGAAUGAUUUCUCGGCAAACGGUUUCAGCGGCCAGUUGUUGUCUGAGUACGUUGAUUACCCCAUCGUGACUACAAGACGAGCAUUGCGCGAAGGCUUGAAGCACCAUAUCGCCAGGUUCACCUCGAAAAAGUCCGUCGAUCCUCGCGACGAAAGUCAGUUCACUCGUCCCGUUAGACUCCAGCGCCGAGAUCCACGAGCUCGGCCGAACGACGCGAACGUCGAGAGAGGCCAACCCAAUUCGAAACCUGGCUCCGAACAAAGUACCCAGAUGGAUGAACUUGAACGCGAGGAGUUGGAGGCUAGAAAAGCAGCUCGUGAAAAAGAGCGCGCAGAUAAUAUGGCCCAAAUAGCCCCUUCCGUCGGCUCAGCGCCGAAAAGGCAUAAUGCUCCCAAACAGAAAACUCAGCAAGUGACUAAAACAGACAUGACCCCCGAGGAGAUUGCUAGGACCCGGAUCAAGUAUGAGGAGGCCCUUCCGUGGCAUUUGGAGGAUUUCGACAACAAAAAUAUCUGGGUAGGAAAUUAUGAAGCCGCGUUGUCAGAGACUCAUGCAGUCUUUGUGCUUGAGAAUACAGGGAAGAUGAGAAUGAUACCGGUUGAGAAGUGGUAUCGCUUCAGCGCGAAGAAUACAUUCAAGGCUUUGACCAUAGAAGAAGCCGAGAGACUUAUGGCUAAGAAGAUCAAAGAUCCGCGGUGGUUCAUGGAGAAACAACAAGAACAAGCUCAACGGAAGGAACUGGAACAAUUUGCCAGGCAACAAAAAGUGUACGCUGGUAAACAGGGAACCCCAGGCGGUGUCGAAGGACUAGAAGCGGAUGAAAUGGACUUCGAAGAGGAUAGAUUUGCCGAUGAUGAGGAGCAUGAUGAUCUUUUCAACGAAGAUGAGGAAGCCAAGGCCGCUGAAAAGCGAAUCAAGCAAGACCAAUUGAAAGCCAAUGUGUUUGAUCUGAAGAACGAAAAGGACUAUGAAGAGGAGGAACUUAGAGAGAAAAGAGAAAAGGAAGCCCGUCGAGUGCUUGGAAAGAAAGUACGGAAGGCCCUCCAGAAAAGGGAAAAGAAUUAUGAUUAUAGUAGCGGUUCAGAUGUGAACCCUUAUUCAGAUGAGGAGAGCUCGGACGACAGUGAAGCCGAACGACAGAAGGAGGAGGAAGAGGGCAAAGCCGAGGAGGACAAGAACAAGAAAGAGCCCUCAAAAGGCAACCUUACUCCAUCAGGUCGCUCACGACACGCCGAUCCAGCCAAGAAAGGCUCUGCCGCAGCACCUAGAAAGCGACUAGGGUCUCCUUCUGAUGCAAGUGGUACAGAUACGUCCCGCAAGAAGGGGAAGAGCAAACAUCCGUCUUCCCAGCCGACACCUCAGCCACCAUCCCGUCCUAUGUCUCCAAGCGCGUCAUCAUUACCCGUCAGCAAAAAGCGUGUUCGGAAUGUGUUAGCAGGCGGCGCGGGAUCUGCUAGCGAUGUUGACGGCGGGGCUGGAUCGGGGGGCGAAAUGAGUGAGAGUGGAAAGGUUAAGAAACUAAAGCUCAAUCCUCCGUCAGUGGCAUCACAGAGUGGGACACCGCAGGGCUCAAGGGCCGGCAGUCCGGCUCCCUUGGGCAGCAAGAGCUUCUCUGGUAGUCGUGCUAGCAGUCCGGAAUCUUUGAGGGGUCCAACACGCAUUUCAACCCCGGGUCCGUCUGGUAGUGCCCAGGGCUUCCCAACACCCGCGGAAAUCCAUGCUGCUAUUCCGCAGUCUGGUAUUGGAAGUAGUGAUCUGCUUAGAAUCUUCCGUCCUCGUAUUGGGGAAUCCAAAGAGAACCACCGGCGUUUCAUAGCAAUUGUCAAAGAUGUUGGAGUGUACGGGAAAGAAGAUAGGCUCCUACGACCUGGUUCACUGAAAGAGACAUAA